AUGGCAGUCGGCGGAGCACCAGACGAAUGGACUGAUGUAUUUGACACGGAGAUCUGUGCAAUGCUCCAAGACGAAUGGACCUUGACUAAGGUCAAUGACCUUCCGGACAUCGACAAAGCCAGACACUCCGGGUGGAAACAGUUCACCGACAAAGCCAAGGUUCGGUUCGAGUGCAGCAACUGCAACAACACCUGGACCUCCAUAAAAGGGCGCGUCAUCUUCCACUACCGUUUGGAGCGACAAGGCCUAGGGUUGAAGAAAAAGGGUGAAGUGAGGAUGUUCCUACCCGGCCAGAAGUGCAGACCCUGCCAACAUGCUGUGACAACCUUUGAGCCUGCAGAGUGGUACAGGGAUGAGAUGGUUAAAGUCAUGCAAAAUCUCCGAAAGAAGAUCAUUGAAAAGUUUUACACCGACAAUCCUCAGCCAAGGUCAAGUUUGAAUGAAGGUCAAAGAAGGGCAAAUAUGAAAAGCAAUCAUGAGAUUUCACUUUGUGAAGCAUGUCAGAAGGGCAUUUGUAACAAGAUGGUUAGGGAUUAAAUACCAGCCUCUUUGAAUUGUGACCUUACAAAGUCAUACAGCACCUUUUACUACAUUUGCAAAGCUUGCAAAUAUAGACCAACAAUAUGAAAAAAAC